GCCAGGCUUCCCAUCUCAAAGCCAGCCAUCAAUUUUGCUUAAACGCCACAUGUUCGUCAAAAUUCCCAAAUGAACUCGCGGCGCUUCAGAUUCAUCCUUGCCGGUAUUCCUCUUCUCCGGUUGCCCUCGGCUGCCCGCACAGUCUCUAGUUCAUCGCAGUCCCUCCAGCAAGCAAUUAGAACCGCAGUUGAGGAGAGGACCUAUCAACGAAUCCCGGACCUUCUCGGUUCAUCAAACGUCUCAUGGCAGAACCCAAAUCCUUUCUCCUUCCUUUCCACUUCCCCGCUACAGGUCAGAACUCAUGUUAUCGACGACAUUUUGCAGUCGUUCAUCCCUCUCAGGCCCCGCUCUCUCCCCAAGAUUGUUUACGACUGUCUUCUCGCUUACACCCUUCAGAGUCUCGAUCCCUUCCCCCUUGCCCUCGCUGUCCUCCAGCGCACCCUUCGUUCGGGUUGUUUGCCCGUUCCACAGACUCAGCUCUUCCUCUCUUCCGCCUGGCUUGCUCGCCGCCGGCCAUCUCAGACAGUUGCCGAUAUUCUCCACGAGAUGAGGUCGAUUGGGUAUGACCCUGAUACUGGAACUUGUAAUUAUCUCAUUUCGUCCCUCUGUGCUGUGGAUCAAUUGCCGGAGGCAGUGAAAGUCUUGAAGGGCAUGACUCGAGCAGGCUGCGUUCCUGAUUUGGAGAGUUAUGGUCCUGUGAUUGGUGCGAUGUGCGUCGUUAGAAAAACUGUUGAUGCCUUGGAGCUGCUGAAGGAAAUGAUGGUUACAAGUGGAUUGACGCCACGGCAGGGAACUAUAAAGAAAGUAGCAGCAGCGUUGCGAGCAAACAGGGAGAUACGGACAGCAUUUGAACUGAUUGAGUUCUUGGAGAAGGAAAAUUAUGCAGUUGGGUUCGAGGGUUAUGAGCUGGUUCUGGAGGGAUGCUUGGACUGCAAAGAGUAUAUUUUGGGUGCCAAAGUAGCUAUGCGAAUGACAGAAAAAGGGUUUAUACCGUAUAUUAAGUUCAGGCUGAAGGUUGUUCAGGGUUUGAUUGAUGCAGGCCAGUGGAAAUUGGCUUGUGCAGUGAGACAAAGAUUUGCAGAACUGAGUUCUUAGCUUUGCAUGCCUUGUUAUUGGGCAGGUUUGCUGAAACAUCAGGGCUUGCAUUUUGCAAAUUUGCAGCCAAAUCAGAAUUUGUGAAGUAUCCAAUCUUAUCUUGCGUCAUCGGUGGGGAUAAGCAAUCUAGUGAGGCUUUCAUUGGUUCUGUUGGUGGGAAUGGAGUUCCUGGGUCUAGUUCAGACUCUAGGUUCACUGUUGGGUCUGCUUUUACCACGGGUGGCGGACUCUGAGAAUAGUGUAGUGAAGACUAGAGUAGUAACUUACGAACAAGGGAUUUGUCUAGUGUUAAUAUCACUAGCCUUGAACCUGAAGGUCCCAUGUUCGAAUCUCUUUAGUAGUUCCUAAUCACAAAAGUAAAUUAUAUAAAGAAAAAGGAAUCUGAUUCUAGAAGCUCUGGAGUUGUUUUUACUCGAGGCGUUUUCUCGGUGACCAGCAAUGGAAAGCAGCAUAACAGUUGUACACUUUGUGGGCUUGGACAGGAGACAAGAGAACACCCUUUCUGUCAAUGUACCUACUCUUGAGCUGUGUUGCAGAGUUGUUUUCAGGCCAUUCACCUACAACGAGUGUCUUUCAGGCUGUUUGAUCAGUGUUUGCAGUGGGCAGUUCUGAAGUUUGGAGGUAAGCAACCUUUCGCUAAAGGUUGGGAGGCUGCUAUGGAACCUAAUAACCAGCAUGUUGUGGAGAGAAAGGUACAAUAGGUGUCAUGGUAAGCAAGGGCUAGAACCUUCUCUACUAGUACAGAAAAUCGGAAGGGCAUUUGAAUUCAUGUGCCUGGGAAAUGCUAAUUUGCAGGAUGAUUGUUUAGCAAUUGGUCUGUGACCUUGCAGAGUACUUGCUGCUGCGGAAAAAAAAAAAAAAAAAAAGAUCAGGCAAUCGAGAUGCUGAAGGUAAUAACUUUCUGCAUAACAGGUUGUUUAAAAGCGAUGCUUUUAGCAGAUGGUAUUAUAAUAUUUGGGUUCGUUUUCUCAGGUGCUAACGGAGUGGCUAUGAAUGGAUCAGAUAGUUCUAAGAGAGAACGUCCAUUCCAGAUAUAUGUGUAAUAUGUCUCGAGCAUGAGUACAAUGCUGUGUAUGCCCCGUAAGUAAGUAUGCCGCCCAUAUUUUCACAUGCUUAAACAGAACAAGCAUGCAAAUAAAUUACCUGUGCUGCUACUUUUAAAAUGAACUGCAAGAUAGAGUUAACUGUUUCAAUAUCGGUGUCGUACCGUAUGAAUAUGCAGGUGCGCGCACAUGUGCUGUUGUACAACAUGCUCUUCACAUCUCACCAACUGCCCACUGUGCCGGAGACGGAUAGAACAGGUGGUGGUUCAGACCUUCCGCCAUUGACAGGCUUCUGCUCGUGAGAGAAACAGUCGAGCCUCAGAUACAGAGAUUGCGGAGAGAUGUCGAACUCGUCAGAUUUUUAAUUUUAGGAAGAGAGCUUUCGCUCCAACUGAAAAGUCAGGCCGUUGCGAGGACUAGUUUUUAUUUGGUUUCAUACAGAUACAGGGCUGGAUUAUAUUAUAUUGUCUUCGUGGGGAUUAUUGAGGGAGUGCAUGUAAAUGAUUUGUAGGAAAAUUAGGUGUAGGGUCAUAUUUCAUGCAGAUGAUGAUUGGCUGGAUUCGCGCGCGGGAUCAAUUACCAGAGAAGUGAAAAGUGCAGCUGCAGAUAGUGAAGUUGCCAUCGCUAUUGACUUUCAGGGGUUCCAGGCUGGGAUUCUAUGUAAUACAACUCUGAAUCUUAA